CUUUUCCUUCUGUCCUCGGGAUUUGAAGAUGGCUGCACAGUCAGCGCCGAAAGUUGUGCUAAAAAGCACCACCAAGAUGUCUCUAAAUGAGCGCUUUACUAAUAUGCUGAAGAACAAACAGCCGAUGCCAGUGAAUAUUCGGGCUUCGAUGCAGCAACAACAGCAGCUAGCCAGUGCCAGAAACAGAAGACUGGCCCAGCAGAUGAAGAAUAGACCCUCUGGCCAGGCAGCAUUAAAAAUUAAGCAGAACUUAAAGCAGUGCCUGGGUAAGAGUAACAUCCAGGCACAGUUAGGCCUACCCAUAGGGGCCCUGGCCAGGGGAGCAGUCGGAGAACGAGGCCUGCCCAUUAUCCAGAGAGGCCUGCCCACAGGAGGACUGCGUGGGGGACGUGCCUCGAGAACCCUACUUGGGGGUGGGCUGUCGCUCGGAGGUCGGGGUAUGAUAGGUCGGGGAAGAGGGGGCUUUGGAGGCAGAGGCCGAGGCCGUGGACGAGGGAGAGGUGCCCUUUCUCGCCCUGUACUGACCAAGGAGCAGCUGGACAACCAACUGGGUGCAUACAUGUCACAAACAAAAGGACACUUGGAUGCUGAGUUGGAUGCCUACAUGGCACAGACAGAUCCGGAAACCAAUGAUUGAAGCCUGCCUGCCCUCCUGUGAGAGACUCUUGUUAAAGUUACCA